CGGGUCCCUCCCAGUUUAGGGAAUGCCUCUGCCUCCCCCCUCCUUCACCUGGCUCUUAAAGGGCCCGGCCCCCGGCCGGCGGCUACUUAAGGCGGAGGGGUGGCAGCGGCCAGCAGCCGCUUUGCGACCGCUCUGGGAGGAGUGGACGGGGCAAAAAUCCUGACCAUGACCGCCCCCGGGCUGCUGCCGCUGCUGCUGUUGCUAACUCUACAGCUCGCCGCCCGCCCAGGAGGGGCCUUGGCGAGGUGCCGGGGUUGCGGGCAGGGGGCGCAGGCGGCUUGUCCGGAGGGCUGCGUGGAGGAGGAUGGGGCCCCGCCUGCGGAGCGCUGUACGGAAGCCCGAGGCUGUCUCAGGAAAGAGGGGCAGCACUGCGGGGUCUACACUCCUUACUGCGCCCCCGGACUGCAGUGCCUGCCGCCCAAGGACGACGAGGCGCCUCUGCGGGCGCUGCUGCUGGGCCGGGGCAGCUGCCGCGAAGCCCGCGCGCCCUCGGAGGAACAUCCCAAAGAGAGUAAGCCCAAGCAGGAUAUGAACCGCAGAGACCAACAGCGCCAUCCAGGGACCAAUUCUGGAGGCGCCCAAGACACCGAGAUGGGCCCCUGCCGCCGACACCUGGACACGGUGCUGCAGCAACUCCAGACAGAGAUUUUCCGCGGGACUCAGCCCCUCUACGUGCCUAAUUGUGACCACCGAGGCUUCUACCGCCGGCGGCAGUGCCGCUCCUCCCAGGGACAGCGCCGAGGUCCCUGCUGGUGUGUGGACCGGAUGGGCCAGCCCCUGCCUGGAACUCCAGAUGGCAAUGGAAGCAUCUCCUGCCCCUCUGGGAGCAGUGGCUGAGGCUGGGGUGGGGGAGCUGCAAGGCCUGUGGCAGGAGCACGGGGCUGUCAGUCUUGGGUUGUUUGUGGAGUGAUGAGCCACUGGGGCUCAGCUUCAGGUCCUGCCAUGUUGCCCCGCCCCUCCCCCAGCCCAACUUGGGGGCCCUCCCGGUAUUGGCCUGGGGUAUCAAUAAAGCUGUGUGUGGGGUCUCUA